AUGAUGGAUGUUGAAUCUGAAGUAUCACAGUUAACCACCGAAAAUGCUAUGAAGAACCAAAACGACUUAGCGUUGAUCCAUUCGCAGCGUCUCUUCUCUACUAAACCCAAACAACACUUGAACACCGUUUUCUCGCCGGCGUCGAUCAACGCCGCUCUCACUCUGGCGGCCUCUGGUCCCGUCGGUUCUUCAUCCGCCAAGGAGAUCCUCUCCUUCCUUAGCUCUUCUUCGAUCGAAGAGCUCAACGCCGUCUUCAGCCAGAUCGCUUCCGUCGUCUUUGCGGACCGUAGCGCCAACGGCGGCCCGAAGAUCUCGUCGGUCAAUGGCGUCUGGAUCGAGCAAUCGCUGCCGAUCGAUGAUUCCUCGUUCAAGGUUCUCUUUGAGAAUUUCUUCAAAGCUAGUUUCGAUCGCGUAGACUUCCGAUCAAAGGAUUUCUCUAGAAUAUUCUUCCAUGUGGCUUCACGGGCUUCACUUCAUAAACGGGCUUCAAUGGCCCACAAUACUUGGUUCGCCUUGCUCACCAAGAUAUCUCCAAUACUCCCCCGCACGACAAAGGUGGACGCGAAACGCAAAAUCUGCAGUCACAAUGCGGAACACCUAUGUCGUGGACAAUCAUGUCGAGGAUGGCAAUACAAGUCAAUAGGGAUGGAACAUGCUCGUCUUUGGUCUUGA